AUGUCUUUGCUGCGGUUAUUCCGCCUGUAUCCUUCGGUUUCGGCGGUGCCGCGCCGCGGCAUCGAUGAGCUGUGGAAGGGCGGUUAUCUCGAUCCGCAUACGCCAUUCAGCACCAAGGAACGGUUGGCAAGGGCGGGUCAUGCCUGGCCGUCUUUUUUGCUGCGGCGCAAGAGCUUUGAAGACUUGCGCAGCUUGUACUUUGCCUGCCUAAAGGAGAAGAACCUGCUUCUGGGUGAACGAUGGGCGGCGUACCAGCAGGGUACGCGCGCUCCUAAACACGGUCGCUUGAAGAAAGUGAAGCUUACCAUGAAGCGCAUCCUUGGCGUGAUAACUCGCCGUGAAAUCCACCAGCAGUGUCUGCAGGCGAAAGACAUCCUUAGGGCCCAAGAGGAGAAGGAGAAGUACGAGACCCGUGUCUUCCAGUUGAAGGAGUUGCAGAAGGACUUGCAACACAAGAUUAGGCGGUUGGGAUCGGCCGAUUCUGUUGCCAAGGUCGGGUGGUCGAAUGCGCUCUGCAGCAUUGAAGCGGAGCUGGAAGAGCUCGAUUUGAAGCUGCAACCACUACGCAAAGAGACUCUGCAACUACGGGCACCCAACUGGCGUUACGAGAGAAAGUACUCGGAUCUGCCCGGGCGCAUCACGUGGAACAAGGACUACAUUCCGGCUCUUCGCCGCAAUAUGCACCGGCAAUUUAAGUUUUAUUAG